UAUUACUGACGUUGUUAGGAAACAAGACGUUCGCGUAAAUAACUUCCGUAAAAUGUGUUCUAAAUUAGCUGUUCUCGUUGUUCUGGCUGUAUGCCAAUGCGGCUUAGCUUGGAUCUUCAACAAUAUCGAUUAUAGAAUGUUGGAAAAAAACUUUUUGGAAGAAAUGGAAGCAUCUGAAGAAGAUUAUGACUUAACGCCUGAAGAAUUAGCUCGAUUAAGAUUCAGUUUAAUAUAUCCAGGUACAAAAUGGUGUGGACCAGGCAAUAUUGCUGAUAACUACGAUGAUCUUGGCACAUCCAAAGAGGCUGAUAUCUGUUGUCGGAAUCACGACAACUGCCCCGAUAGCAUACCUGCGGGGGAGACGAGGUUUAAUCUCACUAAUGACGCAUAUUACACCAGAUUGAGUUGCGAAUGCGACGAAUCCUUCCGUCAAUGUCUACGGAAUGCCACCACGAGAUCGGCUAGAGCUAUCGGGCUCAUGUAUUUCAAUGUCAUUGGAACACAAUGCUUCCGCGAUGAUUAUCCAGUCACAGGAUGUAAGAGGAAGGGAGGAUGGCUGGGCACGAAAUGCAUUGAAUAUUCAUAUAACACCACAGAAGAGAUGAUCUACCAGUGGUUUGACGUGCCCAACUACUAGAAGAAAAUUUAACUGAUACACCGCGACACACAACAAGGAAUAUUCGCACCAAGAACGUUCUGACAAACGUAUACAACGCAUUGUUUGUUAUAUUAAGAAAUGUAAUAUUUUCUGUGAUCUAGAUUAUAAUUAAUUAUUAAUAAUUUAUUUAUUGACUGUGACACAAAUUAAAAUUUGAUCGUUUAUGUUAACUAAACAUUAAACAUACCAUGUGAAUAAAAACU